ACUACUGUAACCCUAGAAUCCUCCGUCUACCGGCAUUAUACGCGCAGAAAGCUCCUUAAACCGUUUCACUAGGGUUUUGUCGGGAGAAAGAGAGGAGGUACGAAAAUAAACCUGUAGCAGUCGUCUUCGAUCUGCAACCAUGGUAAACGUCCCAAAAACAAAGAAAACUUACUGCAAGCACAAGCAGUGCAGGAAGCACACUUUGCACAAAGUUACCCAAUACAAAAAGGGUAAAGACAGUCUCUCUGCUCAAGGAAAACGCCGUUAUGAUCGCAAGCAAUCUGGUUAUGGUGGACAGACUAAGCCAGUUUUCCACAAAAAGGCCAAAACUACAAAGAAAAUUGUUCUAAAGCUGCAAUGCCAGAGCUGCAAACACUUCUCUCAGCAUGCUAUCAAGAGAUGCAAGCACUUCGAGAUAGGUGGAGACAAGAAGGGGAAGGGAACAUCUCUGUUCUAAAUACUUAGUUGCUUAGCUAGGUUGCUUAAGUAUUAUUAUUAUUUUUAUUUUUAUUUUUAAUUCAUUUCCGUUCUAAAAACUCUUGUUCUGUUUCAAGUCAUUGGCUGUUACCAAUAUAUUUGUUUAUUGAGAUUUUGGACCAAAUUUUCAGUUUUCAUAUGAGAGCUUUUCUGGCUGUGUAACUUGAGAUGGCACAAUUUUGGACCUUUUAAAUCCAGUUAUUUUUUCAA